AUGAACCCCUCUAGGAGUCAUCCUUAAGUUCAGAAUGAACGUCACAUCAAAACUUUACAUUUACUAAGUACUACUCCCAUUAUCCAUACGUAAACGCGAUCACCGACCAAGACAUCAAACGCCCAACAUGAGCAACGAACUCGCCCAAGAGCUGAAGCAGCUGCACGUCCCCGCAUCGCCCGUCAUCUUCACCAAUGUUUGGGACGUUGCCUCCCUCAACGCGAUCAUCUCCUUAAACACCGCCGAUUCUAAGCCUGUAAAAGCCAUCGCAACCGCGUCAUGGGCGAUCGCAGCAACAGUGGGCGUCAAAGAUGAGGACCUCGAGCUGGAGCAGAACAUGGCCGCAAUUGGCCAACUCGCGCCCGCCGCCAAAGCCGCCGGCCUCCCCCUCUCCGUCGACCUCCAAGACGGCUACGGAGACCUGGUCGACGAGGUCGUGACGGAGGUGGUGACGCUCGGCGCCAGCGGGGCCAAUAUUGAAGACAGCAUCCCGUCAGCCGGGUUCGAGAAGGGCAUCGACGGGUCCCUUUACAGCAUAGAAACGCAAGUCGCUCGCCUCAAAAGCGCCUUGGAGGCAGCUCGCGAGGCGGGAUGUUCCGACUUUGUUCUCAAUGCCCGGUGCGAUGUGUUCCGCCUCGAGCCGUACUAUGCGGACGAUGACGAGGGUGCGCUGGCGGAGGCCGUGAAGCGGGGCCGGGCGUACCUGGAUGCUGGUGCGACGACUGUGUUCUUCUGGGGCGGUUCGGGACGGGGGCUUCGGGCUUCACGGGUAGCUGUUAAGCUUGGAGAGCGCCCGGACUCGUUGUCGACGAAGGAGCUACGCGAGAUUGGUGUCGCUAGGAUCAGUGUUGGACCGAGUUUGUAUCUUGUGGCGAUGGACGCGGUGAAGGCGUCGGCGAGAAGGAUCUUGGACGGAGGUAAACUGGCUGCUUGA